AUACCGACUCUCCACAGCUUCCCAACUACUGCCGGUUCUUCAAUAUUGUGGCAGUCAUGGCGGCUUGUGUAAGCAAUCUAUCUCUCUUCAUUCUUUCUCUUUUAAUCGUCUAUUUUGUCCCGGUUCAAAGCGGCGGUGGCUUCAGCGCCCAACUCAUCCACCGUGAUUCGCCAAGAUCACCUUUCCACAACUCCUCAGAAACCCAUUCACAACGCCUAACUAACGCCUUUCUCCGUUCCAUCAACCGCCUCUCUUACUUUAACACAUCAAGACUUGAACUUCAAUCCGAUGUUUUUUCGGACGGUAAUAUUGGCGAAUACAUUAUGAAUAUAUCAAUUGGCACACCGCCAGUGGAGAUUUUGGGUAUAGCUGACACAGGCAGCGAUCUUAUAUGGACGCAGUGCAAGCCUUGCGCUCAUUGUUACAAGCAAGAUGCCCCUCUGUUCGAUCCCAAGUCUUCCUCCACAUACGAGCCUCUGUCGUGCUUGUCAACAGAAUGCAAAGCUCUGAAUGCAACUAUAAAUGGGACUUUUUGCCCCCCUAAAGCAGGGGAUAGUACUUGCUUGUAUACAUACACCUAUGGAAGUGGCUUCACAAAAGGUGAUCUUGCCACCGAAACAGUCACCCUAACAUCUGUUAGCGGCGAACAGAUAGCCUUCCCGAAGACCAUUAUCGGCUGCGGGAGGAACAAUAGUGGAGGCUUUGACAAGAGAGAAUUUGGUAUCAUUGGCCUCGGAGGAGGUGUUGUUUCCCUUGUUUCCCAAUUGGGUUCUUCAAUAGAUGGAAAGUUCUCCUAUUGCUUGGUUCCUAUCUCCGAUGUGCCUUACUACUCAAGCAAAAUUUACUUUGGUGCUAAUGCUAUUGUUUCAGGGUACGGAGUCGUCUCUACUCCUUUGGUAAAGAAAAACCCAGAUACCUUCUAUCUUCUCACCCUACUAGCGAUCUCUGUUGACGAUGUUAUAAUACAAUUCAAAGGUUCUUCUUUUGGAACCACAGAAGGGAACAUCAUCAUUGACUCAGGGACUACAGUGACAAUGUUGCCUAAAUACUUUUACUUGGAAUUGGAGUCAGCAAUUGCUAGUAAGAUACAGGCCAAGCGUGUUCAUGACCCUGAUAAGGUUUUCGGUCUCUGCUACAAAUUUAAUUCCAAUUUUAAAGUUCCCAAAAUUGUAGUUCGUUUUGCUUUUGCUUCUGUGAAGUUGGAUCCUUUAAACACCUUCAUUAUGAUAACUAAGCAUGUUGGGUGCUUCACGUUUUUACCGACGGACGACGGGUUUGCAAUCUAUGGCAACUUGAACCAGAUGAACUUCUGGAUUGGGUAUGAUACCGUGAAGCGGACUGUUUCCUUCAAGCCAACUGAUUGCACAAUGCACUAGCUUUAUGCUUGAGCCUUUCAUUUCUUGUUCUACGUAUAUGUGAUUACCCUUCCAUACAAGAUAUUAAUGUAUUUUCUUUGUUUUCUUACUUUGGACUAGAAUUCCUCUCUACCUGCGUGAUUCAAAGUGUUUAUGCUUGCAAUUGUUUGGAAUGCUUGUUAAGUGUUUGAUGGAAAAGAAUAUAGUUUUUGUAAAUUUUGACUCUGAUGGUCUUAUCUACUACUACUACUACUUUUUAAUUUUCCUUGCAGAAUAAAAUAAAUUUUGAUUA